AUGUCUUCCCGUAGCAUGUCCAAGACCCUGCGGCCUCUGGCCCGCCAGCUGGCCACCUCGGGCGCCGCCCAGCGCCGCACCUUUGUCGCUGCCUCGAGCGCCGUCCGCGCCUCGGCCGUCAAGCGGGCUGCCGUCGCCGGCCCUGCCCAGCAGCAGGUCCGCGGCGUCAAGACCAUUGACUUUGCUGGCCACAAGGAGCAGGUCUGGGAGCGUGCCGACUGGCCCAAGGAGAAGCUCCUGGACUACUUCAAGAACGACACCCUCGCCCUCAUCGGCUACGGCUCCCAGGGCCACGGCCAGGGCCUGAACCUCCGUGACAACGGCCUCAACGUCAUUGUCGGUGUCCGAAAGGGCGGCAAGUCGUGGAAGGAUGCCGAGCAGGACGGCUGGGUUGCCGGCAAGAACCUGUUCGAGGUCGACGAGGCCAUCUCCCGCGGCACCAUCGUCAUGAACCUGCUGUCCGAUGCCGCCCAGUCCGAGACCUGGCCUCACAUCAAGCCCCAGCUGACCAAGGGCAAGACCCUGUACUUCUCCCACGGUUUCUCCCCCGUCUUCAAGGACCUCACCAAGGUCGACGUCCCCAAGGACAUUGAUGUCAUCCUCGUCGCCCCCAAGGGUUCCGGCCGCACUGUCCGCUCCCUCUUCCGCGAGGGCCGUGGCAUCAACUCUUCCUUCGCCGUCUACCAGGACGUGACCGGCAAGGCCGAGGAGAAGGCCCAGGCUCUGGGUGUCGCCGUCGGCUCCGGCUACCUCUACAAGACCACCUUCGAGAAGGAGGUCUACUCUGACCUGUACGGUGAGCGCGGCUGCCUCAUGGGCGGUAUCCACGGCAUGUUCCUCGCCCAGUACGAGGUCCUCCGCGAGCGCGGCCACAGCCCCUCCGAGGCCUUCAACGAGACCGUCGAGGAGGCCACGCAGUCUCUGUACCCCCUGAUCGGCGCCAACGGCAUGGACUGGAUGUACGAGGCCUGCUCCACCACGGCCCGCCGCGGCGCCAUCGACUGGACCCCCCGCUUCAAGGACGCCCUGAAGCCCGUCUUCAACCAGCUGUACGACGCCGUCAAGGAUGGCUCCGAGACGAAGCGCUCGCUCGAGUACAACGGCCAGAAGGACUACCGCGAGAAGUUUGAGGCCGAGAUGGAGGAGAUCCGCGGCCUGGAGAUCUGGAGGGCUGGCAAGGCUGUCCGCUCUCUCCGCCCCGAGAACCAGAAGUAA